CUAGACUGCAGGUCUAGUGCCCAAUCCAUAUGGCAUAGAUGGUCGUUCCAUAUAAGAUGGUGUGUUCGUCAUGAGGCGUGGGAGAGUCGACAAGAACAAGUCUGAUAGGCCAUGCUUCUCGCAUAGAGUUCAGAGGCUAUCAGUAGAACUAGUUGACUGCUGUUUCUGAUCUAUUCACUUGGAAAGACUGCAGCAGAUACUCCGAUGUGGUUUUGAUGUCCGAAUCUGUUCGAAAAGUCUCCUCAGAUCUAAUAGCCGAGCUCGUCCUUAGUCGGGAUGUCCCUCAUUCCGUAUCAAGAUCGCUAAGACUGAUCACAUAUAUAACACCCAAGCCACAACCGAGAGGUCACAAACAAAGAAAGACAGGUUGGAAAAUGCUGCCAAUUCCCAUUUCUGGUCUUCUUGGCGUGUAUAUGUAUAGAUUAGACACAUCAUUUGGUGAGGAUAUAAUAAGAUCUAUGAGCCGGUGCUGCUUUUAGAUGGGGAUUUCGGAUCUGUAUAAAAGCAUGAGGCACUGAAUUGACCAGCACCAGUCCGGCUGUUUGUCCAA